AGAUGAGCGUGAGAGGCGGUGACCUCAUCGUCGACGCCGCAAGUUUAGAUGAACUUCUGAUUUGAACGAGCCGAGAGGCGGUCGGCACGGACAACAACAGUCACAGAGGUGGAGAGAUUCACCGGGUUUCCGCCACGAAGCCUUCAUGCCGGGUCGGUUUUUCAAUCUUUACCGGGCCGUGACGGUUUGUGUCUCCCGGGGACUGGCCAGCGAGAGCGUUAUUUUUCCUCUCGAGAAGACGAGGUGGACAUUGAUAAAGGGAAACGUCUUCUGACGACAGUCAGACUAGUGGGCCGGGACGGAAGGAGAGCUCAUCCUGGUCACCGCCUCUCUAAUCUGCAGGAAACCCUUGGUACUUGAAGAUUGGUAAAGCCUUCAUCUGUUGACAGGUCACCCAGCGGGCUGUAUCAUCCGGAGUCCACCGGCCCGGACAACUUUCUGGGAACCUCGGUGAGGGUCCAACUUUCUCACGAGGGUUCGGGGGUCUGUGGGCCGAGUUGGUUCUGUUCAGUUUUACUUCACCAAGGGGCUUCGUGUUUACAAGACAUCCAGACAUCAACAGUCAAAGGAGAGCGGUCGUUGUUUUAGGCAAGCCGCUGAGUUGGUCCCAUUCAGACUGAAUCCAGUCCUCUGCAGCAUGGUUGCCAUGCAGACUGCAUAUUAGUGACCAGCUGUAAAGGUUCACAUCAACGCAUUUCCUUUCACCAAGGUCCAGCUCCGGAAAGCACCAAAUGUAUCCGUGAGACUCUCUCGUUACUUCACUCAGUGGGCAUAAUGUUGACCCGAAACUAAAUCCAUCAGCAACUCAUCCCUACCUUUCCCUCCCAUCUCCCCUCUCCCAUCUCCAUCAUGACCAGUCUGAAGCGUUCUCAGACAGAGCGCUCGGUUGGGGGCUCAGUGCCGGCUUCUGAUGAGUUCUAUACCCGCCGCCUGCGACUGCCCAAUGGGGGGGCGCCGCCGCCACGCAGUGAGAGCGCCCACAUCUCCUCUUCAACCAACGCCAGCACCAACCCUGGCGUCCCAAAGAUGGGGGUUCGGGCUCGUGUGGCUGACUGGCCCCCGAGAAAGGACGGAGGAGGAGGAGGCGGCGGAGGAGGAGGAGGAGGAGGAGGCGGCGGCGGUGUUUGGCACAUAACCGUGGAAACGGACUCACCCAGCUCUACCAACACCACCAGCUCUUCAGGGUCCGGGAGUGGUGAUAGAGAAAGACUCGUUGGAGGGGGACCAGGUGGAGGAGGAGGAGGAGGAGGAGGAGGAGGAGGAGGAGGAAGCAGCAGUAGUGGUAGUGGUGGCAGUGGAGGAGGAGGAGGAGGAGGAGGAGGAGGAGGAGGAGGGGGGGUGUCGGCCGUCACAGCCCACAGCAAUCUGUCAGCCAAGCUCGGCCACCUGAUAAGCCCGCAGGACUCGUCCAUGCUGCGCAACAUCCACAACACUCUCAAGAACAAGAUGCAGAGCAAGGGAAAGGACAACCGCUUCCUGUCACCGGAUGGCUAUCUGGGCUCGCCACGCAAAGGCAUGAGGCGCAUCCGCCAGCGCAGCAACAGCGACAUAACAAUCAGUGAGCUGGAUGUGGACGGCAACGAGGGCUGGUCCUUCUCCGGCUGGACGCCUAUGCACCGCGAGUACGGCAGCACUUCAUCCAUAGAUAAGCACGGCGUUUCGGGGGAGAGCUUCUUCGACAUGCUAAAAGGGUACCAGUCCUCAGAGGCCCCCGAUCAGCGAAGCCCGGCUCCGGAGAAGCUAACGGAGCUACUCACUGUGGCCCCGACAAAGCAGGCCGCCCUGGACCUGCCGGACGGACCUCUAGGUCCAGCCAGAGGUAGCCCCGCCAGUCGGCUGAAGGAACGAGAGAAGCACUUGAAGAGGAGGUCAAAGUCGGAGACGGGCGGAGAGUCGAUAUUCCGCAAGCUGCGCAGUGUGAAGGUGGAGGGGGACACGUCGAGAGCCGGCUCCGAUGCAGAGGACGGUGGGAAGGGAGAUGACGGCGGUCCGCCUCCCAAACCCUGGGCGUGUCAAAAAGGUUUUGCCCAUUUCGAUGUCCAGUCUCUGCUCUUUGACCUCAACGAGGUAAUCCACAGUCGCCAAUCUGGGUCCAAACGCAAGAACACCACCACCGGGGCCUCGGCGGCUGCCGCCGCCUCCGCUUCGGCCACGUCUUCCCUCUCCUCCAAUCAGAGCGGGGUGUACGGGUCACCCUGCGGCUCACAGGAGGAGCUGAGCAAAGAGGGCGUAGGAGGAGGGCACGGCACCGGCCCGGCCCUGGACCCCGGGGAUGACAAGAGCAACGACCUGGUGCUCAGCUGCCCUUGUUUCAGGAAUGAGAUCGGCGGAGAGGGCGAGAGGAACAUCUCUUCUGCUAAACAGCCGGGCAGCAUAGGUAGUGGUGGGAGCUCAAGCAACUCUUCGGGCAGCACAGAGGAAGGACCUUUGGACGCCAUCCUCACUAAUCAUUUCACCAACGCUGGUGUGGCAGUACUUGAAGUCACCAAGGACGGGCCGAGCCAACAUGCUGACAGGUCCAAGCGUUACAUCGUGGAACAUGUGGACCUCGGCACCUAUUACUACCGAAAGUACUUCUACCUCAGAGAACACUGGAACUAUCUGGGCGUGGACGAGAACCUGGGCCCAGUGGCAGUGAGUCUGAGGAGGGAGAAACUGGAUGAACACAAGGAGCAUGGCCAGCAGUAUAACUACAGGGUCAUCUUCAGAACCAGUGAGCUGAACACCCUGAGGGGCUCCAUCCUAGAAGACGCAGUACCGUCCACUUCUAAGCAUGGUCUAGCUCGAGGCUUGCCCCUCAAAGAGGUGCUGGAGUUCCUGGUGCCUGAGCUCAACGUGCACUGCCUGCGCCUGGCACUCAACACGCCAAAGGUCACCGAGCAGCUGAUGAAGCUGGACGAGCAGGGGUUGAGUUUCCAGCGCAAAGUUGGGGUGAUGUACUGCAUGGCGGGUCAGAGCAGCGAGGAGGAGAUGUACAACAAUGAAUCGGCUGGUCCUGCCCUUGAGGAGUUCCUCCAUCUACUGGGCGAGAGGGUUCGACUCAAAGGCUUCACCAAGUACCGGGCCCAGCUGGACGCCAAGACUGACUCGACGGGCACUCACUCCAUGUACACCACCUACAAGGACUAUGAGAUCAUGUUCCAUGUGUCUACCAUGCUGCCGUACACGCCCAACAAUAAGCAACAGUUACUGCGGAAGCGUCACAUCGGGAAUGAUAUCGUCACGAUCGUGUUCCAGGAGCCCGGGGCCCUCCCCUUCACCCCCAAAAACAUCCGCUCGCACUUCCAGCACGUCUUUGUGGUUGUGCGUGCUCACAAUCCAUGUUCAGACAACAGCUCCUACAGUGUGGCUGUCACCCGUUCCAAAGACGUUCCCUCUUUCGGGCCUCCCAUCCCUGACGGCGUGACCUUUCCCAAGUCCUCCGUGUUCCGGGACUUCCUGCUCGCCAAGGUCAUCAACGCGGAGAACGCCGCGCACAAGUCCAACAAGUUCCGCGCCAUGGCGACGCGAACGCGCCAGGAGUACCUGCGCGACCUGGCUGAGCGCCACGCCACCAGCACCCCCAUCGACCCCUCCGGAAAGUUCCCCUUCAUCUCGCUGGCCCACAAGAAAAAGGAGAAGAGCCUCUCGUACGGCGGGGCGGAGCUGCGCAGCCCCGGGGCGGUGACCUGGACGGUCCACGCCGAGGACCACGCCACCGGCGGGGAACUGGAGGCCCUGAUGGCCGUCUCCAACGACUUCCUCAUCCUGCUGGACCAGGGCGCCAAGGCGGUGGUGUUCAACUGCGCCACAAAGGACGUGAUUGGCUGGACGCUGAGCAGCCCGGCGUCCUUGCGGAUCUUCUACGAGCGGGGGGAGAGCGUGUCCCUGAGGAGCGUCGGAAAUAACACGGAGGACUUCAAGGAGGUGGUCAAGCGCCUGGAGUUCCUGACUAAAGGCUGCGAGACAUCUGAGAUGACGCUUCGUCGGAAUGGCCUCGGGCAGCUGGGCUUCCACGUGAACUACGAGGGCAUCGUCGCUGAGGUGGAGCCAUAUGGUUACGCCUGGCAGGCAGGCCUGCGUCAGGGAAGCCGAUUGGUCGAAAUCUGCAAAGUUGCUGUAGCAACGCUGACCCACGAGCAGAUGAUUGACCUCCUGCGGACCUCCGUGACAGUCCGUGUCGUUAUCAUUCCACCUCACGAUGAUGCCACUCCACGCAGAGGCUGUUCAGAGCUCUAUCGGAUGCCUGUGUCAGAUUACAAGGGCAGCAGCAGCGAUAGCGGCUCCUUCGAAUACAAGUUUCCCUUCCGCAGUAACAACAACAAGUGGCAGAGGACGUCCAGCAGCCCCCAGCAGUCACUCACCGCCUCGCCACAGCCCCACCAGCCCAACCGGGCCAUCAGCCUGGGAAGCUCGGUGGGGAAGACCUUGUCCGCUGAGAGGCUGGAGCGGGGCGCCGUCAUCCCACGCAGCGUCAGCAGUGAUGGCCGGCCCCUGGACACUAAGAGGAUGUCUCCGGGCAGUGAGAGCUAUAGCCUGGCCUCCUCGAUGGCGCUGGGUCGCUCUCCUCACAACCGCAGCUCGCCCAGCAAUCUCUCUUGUUCCAGUGACGCCUCCGGAAGCUCUGCUCACUGGAGACAGAAGUCCAUGCCUGAGCAGUUUGUUGGGAGCCGUCACUCUCCAAUGUCUACAGAGAGAAGAGAGGUGGUCGGAGAGGGCGGGUCCAGUGGAAAGUCCACUCCCAAUUGGUCGAGAAUGGAGGAAGGGGGAGGGGCUGAACGAGGUUCAACAGAGGCCCCAGUCUCCAAGUCCGGUCAAGGCUACUCCGGAGGUCCCCGCAUCCAACGACAGGAGCAGGUCAUCCACCUGUCCCCCAAGAAGAGCAGCCAGUCGGACGGCCCGUAUUCCGGCCACUCCAGCAGCAACACUUUGUCCAGCACCGCUUCCAGCGGGGGCCACAGCGACAGCGAUAAGUGGUACGAAAUGGGAGCGGGCGGAGGCUCCAGCGGUGACCAGGGUGAGCCGGAGCCCAACGGGCUGGGCGGGGGGGGCUACCUCCAGGGGACGUCUGCAGACAGCGGCAUAGACACCAGCUCUUACGGGGCCCCGCACCACGCACACCCCCACUCGCACCACGGCAGCACCACCUCCCUGCUGGCCCCGAGCGGAGGCAGGGAGAGCCGGGAGAGCAGGGAGAGGUUGGCGUCCCCGUGGCACAGCCCCACGGAGGGAGGCCGCCGGAUGCUGGAGAGGUCGCCGGCUGCGGCGGAGUCCCCAGGGCCUCCAGCGGAGAGGAGCCUGGAGGGGACGGGCAGAAGCCCACCUACUCAUCUCCUGGUUAGAGACAGCAGCACAUACAGUCUGAACGAGGCCGGAUCCCACUCCAGUGCCAGGCAUUCAGGCCACAGCUCCCCAAGAGAGGAAUCCUCCUCUUCAGCCACUUCCCCUUCCUCCCAGUCCUCAUCCUCCCCUGGGCCCAAGAGCUUCUACCCCCGCCAAGGAGCUCAGUCCAAGUACCUGAUUGGCUGGAGGAAACCUGGGUCCACUAUCAACUCUGUUGACUUCGGAGACACACGCAAGAAGUCUCCGGGAGAGGGUGGAGGGGAAGUUGCUCCAACCCCAGCAGCCAGGCCCUCUCUUCGGGAUAUGCACUCGCCCCAGCCUCAUGCCAAAUCUACGAUGGAGGAAGAUGUGAAGAGACACUGUGCACCGGACAGCCCUCCACAGCCGCGCAGACAUAAGGAAAAGCACGGACAGAAAUCCCCAAUGAGCCAGCCUCUCAGCCACCGGCGCUCACUCCAUCGAACCCUAUCGGAUGAGAGCAUCUACCGUGGCCAGCGGCUGCCCACCCUGUGUUCCUCAAUAACGGAACCGACCCUCGCCGCAGAUGUUCUCUUCAGCUGCUCCACCCUCCCACGCUCGCCCACCACCCGGGGUGUUCCCCUCAGACGGCCCUCCUAUAAGCUGGGAGUCAAACUCCACGGUGACCUUUCUGCAUCCGACACAUCGUUGGUGGAUCUGGUGGAGCGUCAUCGUGGACCUCUCCCUCAGGAGCUGAUGCCCCUCCCCUCUCAAGACAGAGACAGUCCCCUAGAGUGGACACAUCUGGUGGAUGUGGCCAAUACCUUUGAGACUGAAAGAAACACACACUAUGUCCAAAGAAGUUAUGUGUUUGGAGAUUCAAACCACAGAAGCAGCGGGGCGUCCAGUCCCCAGCAGCCACACAUAGAGCUGCAGCCUGCGCCGCUGUCCCGGCCCUCCUCCAGUGAGGGUCACAUAGGGCUGGAGAGGAAGGUCACCAAGCUGGAGUCCAUGGUGAAGAUGCUGCAGGAGGACCUGAAGAAGGAGCGUGAAGACAAGUUGAGACUCCAGGGUCAGAUCAAGAGGCUGUGGGACGACAACCAGAGGCUCAAAGAGGAGUCGCAGACGUCCGCCGCUAAGCUCAAGAAGUUCACAGAGUGGGUCUUCAACACCAUCGACAUGAACUAACUCCGGCCCCCUCAUUUUAACCCACGCACGCACUUACACACACAAUCUGGACGAAGGGGCAGAGGGGGAAGAACCUGUGCACAAGGAAAGUGGAGACUCGUUGGUCCCAAUCAGCCGCGUUGCUGCUAAACCCUCCGACCAUCUUCCACUGGUUUGAAACAUCAGCGGGUAAUAUCAUCGACCAGCCCCGGCCUCCACAGACCCCUCCGUGUACCUUCUUCGAGGAGAAUGGAUGUUGUUUAUCACAAAGGACUGACCUCCACUCUCCAAUAGCACCGCCGCGCUGAAUUGAUCUUUCUUUCAUCUCGCUGUGCCAAAAGCGGUUCUCUACUUUAUUUAUUUUUUUCAAAAUUGCCAACAAAAAGGAAGCUCUUCCCCUCCGUUCUCUCUCUGAAGAAGUCCGCUUUGCCUCUUCCUGGCGUGAACACAAAAUAUCAACCCUCCCCUGCCUUCUCAGUGGAUGGGCUUCUCUUUAGGAGACAACCCUGCAGUUCAAACCCAGCUUUUACCUCUUUGUCCCCUUUUGCUUUUAUUCUUUUUUUUCGCCCUCCUUCUCCGAAAAGGCGACUGAGUCUUUAACGCCAAACCAAACCCGCCUCAGCAGAGGGUAGCCGACAGCCCCGUGACUUAAGAGAAGACGUCGACCACCCCACACAAUCCAGGAUGAAUCCCGAAGCCUCCAGACCGCUGGACACCGAUGUUUUCAUCCCCUUCACGUGUGAGAGUGGAGUGUAAAUAAUUGUGGUGUUUCCUGUCCUCGAAUCUUCAACUUGUGGCUGUCUGCAGCCCCGCUGACAUGGAAGCAGCUUGACACGAGUCUGAACAGGAUGAGAAAAAUGGAUUUGUACAGGUUUUAUUUUUUAUUUUUUUUCUCUCCUCUGUGACACUUCCAACUGGAUUACAGCAUCCUGUUGGUCUUUACAGCACAAACCAACACCUGACAGAGGAGUAUAUUUAUAAGCCAUCGGCAAGAGAUGCCAUCGAACGUGACUGAUAUCCAGAGUGCUUUGGUCCAUCCCAAUUAUAUGUGUCUUAAAAAGCAAUAGGAAGAAGUCAUGACUCCUGUCUCUCAACAAAAAAGCGGAAAGUUUGCUCUCGGGAAGAUGUUUUUAAGGCCACGCUGAAAAGACACUAGUCUCUAUCUUCCAUUGAAGCAGUGAUUUGUGCUUUGAGGGGAAAAGGGAAAGAGGACUCGCAUCCCACUGUCUGGAAUACAGAGAGCCAGCUGAUCUGCAAUGACAUUUGAGACAUUUUUGGGGGAGGGAAAAGUAAGAAGGGACCUUUUUUUCCCCCCCUAGGUUAAUUUAUUUCAUUGUAUUAUAAUUCCAAUAAAUAAUUUGUUCUAUUCGUACAAUAAAACUGACAUCAGUGUUUAGUUCCUCAAGAAAAAAGGUCACUAGCGAUAUUAUUUAAAUGGCUUUCUUUCUUAAUUCUGGCUAAAGUCGGACUAUAUGCUUUUAAUUCUGUGUUAUGUUGUAUUUCGUAGUGCCCAAGCCUGCUGUUGUGUUGCUUACAGUGCCCUCUAGUGAUGCCCAGUGGAAAUGUCAAGAUUAUUAAAUGUGCUGCCAGUCACUCUGUAAAUAAUCCCACGCCUACCUACAACAAUCAGUGAGACACGGACCGAGAGGCCACACGGACCAGGAAGGACACCAGAAGCCUGCUUUGGGUGACAAUCAAAGGUGGAUUUUUUUUGAUGGUGGGGGGGGUUUAAAAGGGGCAGAACCUAGGUGUACUUGUAUGUAAGUGGGUGUGUUUUACAUUUUAACACGUACAUAUUUUCCUCAGGUUCAGUACAUGUUGGGAAACGUCCAAAGGACGUACCUGAUUAGAGAAUAAGCCGUUGAUCAGAAGGAACUGCAGUACGGUUCUGUGUCAUCGUGUGAAUGUUCAUCGGUCCAUUCAGUCGUGCCUAUAGUCACUCAUUUUGGUCAUUUACUCCCAGGGACGUGCCUUUGAAACAGCACCUGGGGAACAGAUGAAAGGGAAAGUAAACACACAUGGUUACACACACACACAGUUUUAAAUAGACUCCUACUCAUAGUUGUAGACCACAUUAAAGUUUUUACGUGAGGGGCAUCUGGUUUGUCUUUUUCAUAUGAAUAUUUUGAGGCCGGCUGCCCUCCAGUCUAGUGUGUGUCUGUGCGACUGUGUUCAGUCGCAUGCAGUAUGUCUUUCAGGGCCCCUGUAAUAAGAGUGUAUCAGACUCCCACAAACCCACAAAGCUACUUACUGCCCCAGCAGGAGCCACGGAGCUAUUUGCUCAGCCAGGUGUCUGUUUUGGGGUCAUUUCAGGUCGCUAACUUGAGGGUGCACGUUGAAACUCUUGUUCACACGCCUGUUUGUUAGCCUUAAUUCCCCUUGUGUUUGCAUCAUGAAUCGAUGCAAAUAAAACCCUGCAGAAUAAAGCACAAGCGGCACCCCGGUCUGAAUGUAAGGAGAAUAUAGAACGGCUGAAGGUAAAAUGUUUACUAUAACUGACACUCGGCUCUGCGGUUCUGCAGGGAGAUCGGUGAAGUCUCAACAAUAUACGUGAGCGGUUCUGUUUUAGGAACCUCUUGGAUCAGAACAGCGCAAGGGAACAGUCAAGUGCUCAAAUGUUGUCCUUGAUGAUUUAAUUUGGUUGUUUUUAACAAGUUGGCCAAUUGCGAAAAGCAGUGUAAUAGUCAUCCAAUAAUGUGAAAUCCUCAAAACAUACCGAAAAUAUAACUCGAAUCGGCAGAAGUGUUUCUAAAUCCAGGUUUUGACUGUAAAUUGUUGUGAGCACUGGUUUCCUUACUGGGACUGCAGUAUGUCGAUGCUUCAAUAAUAACUAAUAGAUAAUGUUUCGUAUUUUAUUGUACAUGGAAAGUGCUCUAGUUUUUUGUAUUCCAAAUGAAGUAUGGCCAAAAUGACAAAGUGUGCUGUGCAGAUGUUUUUGCUCGCAUCUUUAAGCGUGUGCAUCUAGAUGGGAUUAGUUACACACUUUAUUCACACACACACAUACACACACACACACACGUAGUUAUUCCAGUGUCAACGAUAGUUUAUUUUACAGUGUGGUUCUUUCCUCCGCUUUGUUUUCGGUGCCUUCCUGAGGCACUUGGGAAAUGUGAAUGUUCUAAUGUUCCGUUUUGUAAUAUCUGUUAUUCUUAAGAACCUUUGCACAAUGUUUUAUAAAUCGCCUGGUCGACAGGUUUCGGAUAAGAAGGGUGAAUCGAUCCAUUCCUGUGCCGUCGUGUCUCCGUGUGUCACUUUGUCGUUGUCCUGCCAAUGUAGUUUCCUGACAAAGAGCAAGGAGCUAGACUUUAUUCACCUCAAAAAAAUCAGAACCCCCCCCCCACCCCCCUCCCCCUGUUUUUAUUUUUUUCACCCUCAAGCAUCACCGACCAGAGCGGGCUGCGUGUUUGUUCUGUGCAGGAUGCCGGGUUUUCAGUCAAGCACAACUUUUGAGGUUUGUGAUUGCAGAGGGGGGGGGGAGGGAGAGAAAGAGAGAGGGAGGGGGGGGUGGUUUUACAAAGCUGAGUGGCGGCUUACAUCGCUGUGUCGGGGUCCAUUUGGUUUCCUCCUGUUGGGAGAAUAAACCAAACAUUUAAAGGGGAUCCGACAAAGCGCACUAAUUCUAAAGAGGACCGUUCGUUUUACAGAGUUGAAAAUACUGUUUACAUCUCGGAUCCAUUGUCUUUGUAAAAUGUAAAAGUAUGAGAGACAUUUGCAGUGAUCACAGUAUUAAAAGUUUCUGAAAUAAAUAAAUGCCGUAUUGA